GUGUGUGUGUGGAGGGGGAGGCGCUGGGACGCAAUUGGUGCUCCGCUCUCGGUGUCUGCUCAGGUGUGCUUGUGUCAGAGGAGCAUUGCGGAGCUGCAGGCAGAGCAGAGGAGAGACGGUCAUGUCAGACAGCGUGAACGCACAGUCGCAGGACGGAGGAUCCCACGGCGAGGACAGGACUAGCCGGGACACAAGCCCGCGUGUGGGCAACAAAGUGACCGUGGUGCUCGGAGCGCAGUGGGGCGAUGAAGGGAAAGGAAAGGUGGUGGACCUGCUGGCCCAGGACGCUGACAUGGUCUGCAGAUGUCAGGGAGGCAACAAUGCAGGACACACAGUCGUGGUUGAUUCAGUGGAAUAUGACUUCCACCUUCUACCCAGUGGGAUUAUCAACCCUAAGGUCACUGCCUUCAUUGGUAAUGGUGUUGUCAUUCACCUGCCGGGUCUCUUCGAGGAGGCUGAGAAGAAUAUGCGGAAAGGAAAAGGUCUGGAAGGCUGGGAGAACAGGCUCAUCAUCUCUGACCGGGCACACAUCGUGUUUGAUUUCCAUCAAGCUGUGGAUGGAGUCCAGGAACAGGAGAGGCAACAGCAAGCUGGCAAAAAUUUAGGAACAACUAAAAAAGGAAUCGGCCCCGUGUACUCAGCCAAAGCAGCUCGCAGUGGCCUGAGGAUAUGUGACCUUCUGGCUGACUUUCAGGAGUUCUCAGAGAGAUUUAAACAUUUGGCCUCGCAGUAUAAGUCUAUGUACCCUUCACUGGAGAUUGAUGUGGAUGGGGAACUUGAGAAACUCAAGACGUAUAUAGACAGAAUAAAGUCCAUGGUGAGAGAUGGAGUCUUUUUCAUGUAUGAGGCGCUACACGGCCCUCCAAAAAAGAUUCUGGUGGAAGGUGCCAAUGCUGCCUUGCUGGACAUUGACUUUGGGACAUAUCCGUUUGUGACUUCCUCAAACUGCACUGUGGGAGGGGUGUGUACGGGUCUGGGCAUGCCGCCGCAGAACGUGGGGGAAGUCUAUGGAGUUGUCAAAGCCUACACCACGAGGGUUGGGAUUGGAGCUUUCCCUGCAGAACAGAACAACGAACUUGGAGAGCUCUUGCAGUCGAGAGGCAAGGAAGUGGGCGUGACCACAGGUCGCAAAAGGAGAUGUGGUUGGCUGGAUCUGAUGCUUAUCAAAUACGCCCACAUGAUUAAUGGCUUCACAGCCAUAGCUCUCACCAAACUUGACAUCUUAGAUGUGCUUCCUGAGAUUAAAGUUGGUGUGGCAUACAAAGUAGAUGGUGAAGUCAUCCCACAUUUUCCAGCAAACCAAGAGGUGUUACAGAAGGUUGAAGUGCAGUACGAGACUCUGCCAGGCUGGAAAACAGACACAUCUGCUGCCAGGAUCUUUGAUGAGCUUCCAGAAAAUGCACAGAAAUAUGUCUGGUACAUCGAAGAUCACUUGGGUGUGCCUGUGAAGUGGAUUGGUGUUGGGAAGUCACGGGAAUCAAUGAUCCAGCUCUUUUAAGAGGCUGCUUGGGCCUGCAUGUAGCACUGGCUGGAUUACGCUCUGGACUCGGGGACGGAUAGUAUCCUCAUAUGUUUCCUCUCUCACCUCACUUCAGUUUCUCCAUGGCAAGAACAUCAUUUUGUGUCACUCGGAUCAUCGUACAGCCCUUUGAAAUGGAGUAUUUGCCAUAUAUAAUGGCAUUCCUGUGGUAAAUCAAAAAGGGCUUUUCAACCAGUUACUUUUUGGAAUCAUUUAACAGUUUCUCAUCUGCUUUACAUAAUUCUCUGAUAUUUCGAGCUCUCAUAAGCUCAGUAUCUCCAGCCUGAGUCCAUAUGCUGUACAUGUGCUACUACUUCAAAGAGUCAGGCAUCAGUAGUGAUGUAUAUUGUUGUUAGUUAUCAGUUUUUCACACAGAUUGGGUAAAACGAUUACUUAUACAUGUUAUGUUUAAUGUUCUUUGUUUCUUUUAUCAUACAAGAAUCAACGGUUAUGCAAUGUGUACCACCACACUUUCUCCUUGUUUUAAAUGGACUGUAUGAUUGACUUACUCAAGUCAACUUCAUUUAAACGUACGGUUUUUAAAAGAAACUAAAUGUUUAUUUGACAGGUGCAUAAAUGUGAAUCACUCAACUCGUGUGAUUCAAGAUUCAGUGAUUCUGAAUAAGAAUUAUGUACAAUACACCCUCAAAAUGUAAUAUGAUAACAGUGGGUGUUUUCUGCUUUCCAAAAAUAGGAGUAAAAUAUUUUGUGAAAGCAACUUUAAAUUUAAAUCUAUUUAAUUCGCUCCAAAAACUAGUAUAUAAUAAACAGUAUAAGUAUAAUGUGCCUCAAGAAGCAUGUACUAUUAUACAGGCCGAGGUUUUGAUUCCACUGAAUGUAUGUAAAUGUUUGCUCAGAUGUUUAUUGUUCAACUGUACAACUUUAUGCCACAAGCAUAUUAAAGCCACUUUAAUGAUCAGUAAUGAGAUAUCAGUAAACAUGCCUUUCAGUAUAGAUUGUCAAAAUAUAGAUCCUUAAGACAAUUAUGUGAAUUCAGACGCCACCUCAGGACGCACGACUCCGUUUAGCCAGUAAAACGCACUGAUGUUUGAACUUCUUCUGUGGGACUGCAGGAGGCCGUCUGCUUUUCUGACCUUCAGUAGUACAUUUACAGAACCUUUAAAUGUUAGAGAUGAUCUAAACAGAGCUGGUCUAUUUAAAUAUGACUGGGCUGUUACAGAAACCCAGAUUUGCUGCUUCUGUUUUGUCUCACCCUCAGUACUGCGCCUUCCAAUAAAUAAGUAAUAUGUAGGAUAAAGUGUGCCUUGUUAAUACAGAUAAACAAUGAAACUUGAAAACGAAUUCUUCAUCUGAUUGCGCUUUUAUGGAUUUUAAUUGAUAAACCUCUUUUAGUUUUCAAGGGCAUUACUGUCAUUGCCGUUUGCCAAAAGUGCUCAUGCGUCCAAAGAAUUAUCUUUAUAGACAAGUGACUGCUGUGAUAUAAAGAGCCUUUGUAAAUGACCCAGAAUGACAACUCUUUGUUUUUCAGAUUGAUGACGGUGUGAUGUGUUGCAUUUUCUGUUGCUCACAGCUGCUGAAUAAAUGAUGUAACCUGUU